CAAAACCCUUCAUAGCCUCGCCGCCGUUGUCCGUCUCAGGCGUCGUGUAACCCGUAUCAGCCUGCCUCCAUUGACACUCUCCCACAAACAUCUCCGUCUUGUGCGUCGUUUGGAAGGGUGAGGGUUGCUUUUGGUUCGCGAUUCAACGACGUUUCCCGAUAUUAUUCUCAACCAUACUUCGGUUUGUCUCUGAAAACAUAACAAAGAAACAGCAGGUAAGUUUGAGUUCGGAACUGAUUGUAUACUUUUUAACUUUGUUUUUCUCAAGAAGCAUUUGAUUGCUAAAUGAGCUUUGAAAUGGGGAAAGCUUCAAAGCUAAGGAAGAAGGAUAGCGAAAGUGACAGUGAGUUUGAGAAUUAUGGUGAUGAUGAUGAUAUAGGCAGCGAUGAGAUGGAACAAGAAGUAGAAGAAGGAGAGGAAGAAGAAUUUAAUGAUGCUGAAGAGAAUGAGGAGGAGGAAGACGACGACGAGGAUGAUAAGGAUGAGGAUGACGAAGAGGAAGAAGGGGAAGAAGAAACAGAAAAUGGCGAUGGGAAAGACAUAGUAGAUAAAGACGCUGAGAUGGAAGAACUCGAGAAAGAAUAUAUAAAUAUCCGUCAUCAGGAGCAAAAUCUUGUACAGAAUUUGAAGCGUCAUAAGGAUGAAGAUCUUCUUAAAGGUCAAGCUGUGAAGAAUCAAAAGGCUCUAUGGGACAAAACUCUCGAGUUCAGAUUCCUGCUCCAGAAACCAUUCUCCAGUUCAAAUAGAUUGCCACAGGAGCCAGUUAGGUCUUCGUUCUGUGAGUCAGACAAGGAUGUCAGUGCAGCAUAUUCAGACCUGAUUAUCUCUUCCAAGGAAACUUUAGAUUCUAUGCUGGAACUACAAGAGGCUUUACUUGAAAAGAAUCCAUCUACUCUUCAAACCGCAGAUGAAAAAUUAUCCAAGCAUUCAAAAUCUUCAAAGAAUGUUGAUGUUGAUGGUGAUGGUGAUGAAGAUUGGAUGCGGAUUUCUCAAAUGCACAUGAGAAUUGCUCCGUUCAGAAACAGGUCUAUAGAUAAAUGGCAGAGGAAGACUCAGGUGACAACUGGUGCAGCUGCUAUUAAAAGCAAACUGCAAGCUUUUAAUCAGAAUGUAAGUGAACAAGUUGCUUCUUAUAUGAGAGAUCCGAGUAGAAUGAUCAAGCAGAUGCAGCUACGGAGAUCAACGGUUGGCGUAUUUGGGGCUGUUUCUGAGGGGGAAGAUAUUCCAAAGGAGGAGAAUUCUCAAACCGAUGGUAGUACACUGGCAGAUGGUGAUCCUGAACUUUUGGAUGAUUCAGACUUCUAUCAGCAAUUACUUAAGGAGUUUUUUGAGAUGGUUGACCCAGCAUCAUCUGAAGCGGCCUUUUAUGCUCUGAAAAAGUUGCAAACUAAAAAGAGGAAGAUUGUUGAUAGGCGUGCCUCUAAAAGUCGCAAGAUAAGGUACAAUGUUCAUGAAAAAAUAGUAAAUUUCAUGGUUCCUCAGCCAAUGGAUCUUCCUUCCAUGGCUCCUAAAUUGUUUGAAAACUUGUUUGGGUUGAAGACCCAAAAGCCAGCUUCUGUGGCGUAACAGCGCUUUUGUAUGGUGAUGAGUUAGCUGUAGGCUCGACAAGAUUUUUGGCUAUGAAAUUUUGUAAUGCUGAUUAAUUGUUUGUCGUCAAUUGAUUUGAUAUAUUAUAAUGUUUGUUGAUACUACGAUACUUCCCAAUCAAUAGAGUCGAUGUUGUCUAAAAAUUUUAGUUUUC